AUGCUCACCACCUGCGCGUUGACUCUGGCAUUCGGCAAGAUCUACACCUUCUAUUCCACAAAAUGGGUCUACCUAACCGCGUUGCUCAUCUUCGAGCUCGGAUCCCUGAUCUGUGGCGUUGCCCCUAGUUCAGUCGGAUUGAUUCUCGGACGUGCCGUGGCUGGCAUAGGAGCCGCCGGUCUCUACUCAGGAGCUAUUCUAAUUGUCACCCAGAUGGUACCGCUGGAGAAAAGACCCGUCUACCAAGGAAUCCUAGGAGCGAUGUUCGGUGUUGCCAGUGUGAUCGGGCCACUGAUGGGCGGUGCUUUCACCGACAACCUCACCUGGAGAUGGUGCUUCUACAUCAACCUUCCCUUCGGAGGCGUGACAGCUCUUAUCAUCCUGUUCCUAUUCCAGGCCCCGAAGCCGGUCAAAGGUCGAUCGGGAGCGAGGGAUCAGAUAUCGCAGCUGGAUUUGCCUAGCUUGGCUUUGUUCUUCCCGGCAAUUGUCUGUCUGUUGCUUGCACUGCAGUGGGGAGGCAGUCGGUAUGCAUGGGGCAAUGCUCGUAUCAUUGUCUUGUUCGUUCUCUUCGGUAUUUUCAUCAUGGGCUUUGUCGCGAUGCAGGGAUAUCGGGGGGAUAGGGCCACCGUGCCUCCCCGGCUCCUGAAGAAUCGGAAUGUGUCGUGCGCUGCAUGCUUUGCUUUCUUUCUACUUGGAUCUUUCUACACCAUUAUGUACUAUCUCCCCAUCUGGUUCCAAGCCGUCAAAGGCGUCUCAGCCACCAAAUCCGGCAUCAUGAGUUUCCCCAUGGUAAUCGGGCUCGUCGUCGCCGCCAUGAUCGUCGGAUUCCUGGUAACCACAUUCGGCUACUACACGCCCUUCAUGAUCCUGGCACCCAUCCUCACAACCAUCGGCGCAGGCCUCAUCUCCACCUUCGACGUCUCCUCCGGCCACCCCAUGUGGAUCGGAUACCAAGCACUCCUCGGCAUGGGCGUAGGCACCGGCAUCCAGCAACACAUGCUCGUCUACCAAACGGUGCUCGAACCCAUCGACGUCCCCACGGCCACCGCCAUCGGCAUGUUCCUGCAGACUCUAGGCGGCGCGAUCUUCGUCUCUGUAGCGCAGAACGUGUUCAGCAACCAGUUGCGGUCCGGGCUGGCGAGUCUGGCGCCGAACGCGGACGCCGAGAAGGUCAUUGCGGCGGGGGCGACUAUGCUCCGGGAGGCGGUCGAUAAGGCGGACUUGCCUGGUGUGUUGCAGGCGUAUAGUGAUGCGAUUACGCAGACGUUUUAUAUUUCGGUGGCGACGGGUGCGAUUGCGUUUUUUGUGGCGUUGCCGGUGCAGUGGAUUUCGGUGAAGGGGAGGAGGAUGGAGGGGGGUGGGCAUGCUUAG